GGAGAUUCUCGAUGGGAGGAUCUGGAUUGAUGGCUGUUUUGACUUCUUCCAUCAGUAGGUUUUGGGUCCGCGUCUUACCAUUCGUCCAGCAGCACUCGCCCUUCCCCCCUUCGAUCCCCUCCUCUUCCAACGAAUUACCGAUGCUAAGUCACCUGCAUUUAGUGGCCAUGCCGGAGCUAUGCUUCAAGCGAGGCAGCUGGGUGACGAACUCUACGUGGGCGUCCAUUCCGAUGAAUCCAUCCUGGAGAAUAAGGGACCUACUGUUAUGACGUUACAAGAGCGAAUCGCGGCCGUCGAUGCCUGCCGCUGGGUGACCCAGUCGGUCCCGUAUGCUCCAUAUGUAACAUCGUUACCGUGGAUCUCUCACUACGGGUGCAAAUAUGUCGUCCAUGGGGACGAUAUCACCUCCGAUAGUAGUGGAGAGGACUGUUACAGAUUUGUGAAGGCGGCAGGACGAUUCAAGGUUGUCAAACGGACCCCCAGUAUAUCGACAACCGACCUCGUUGGAAGAAUGCUUCUUUGUACGAAAACGCAUUUCAUCAAAUCGUUGAGCCGACUUUUAGAUGGCGAAGAAGGCUCGCGAACAGAAAGCGAGAGAAAAGCAGAAGGUGCAGCACUGACCGAGAGAAUGCGAUUGUAUGCUUCGGAUGAGACCGGCAAGCGUCCCGGCUCCAGUGUGUGGUUCUGGACAGCGUCGAUCGAGGCCCGAGGGGACCAUAUAGAGGAGGAAAAGGGAGUCUUCAGCAGUCUCUGUCAAGGCUCUCAGCCAAAGCCUGGCCAGCGUGUUGUUUAUGUUGACGGCGGCUUUGAUCUCUUCUCAUCCGGUCACAUCGAGUUUCUCCGACAGGUGAUCAAGGCCGAAGAAAAGAUUGGCCAAGAUGAGGGUUGGUAUAGCACUGAGGCUAUUCAGGAGCGAGUAGGCAAGGGUGGUGACUAUGGCCCGGUCUUCGUUGUUGCUGGUGUUCAUGAUGACGAAGUUAUCAACCACUGGAAAGGCGUCAAUUAUCCCAUCAUGAAUAUUUACGAGCGAGGACUCUGUGUUCUACAGUGCAGGUUUGUAAAUUCGGUGAUAUUUGGGGCUCCUUUCAUGCCAACUCGUGCAUACCUUACUUCUACUCCGUGGGGAAUGCCUCAGGCAGUCUACCAUGGCCCCACAAGCUUCAUGCCGCUUACCUACGAUCCCUAUUCAGCACCCAAGGUAAUGGGAAUCUACCGAGAAAUAGGAGAGCACGAAUAUUCCGGAGUCAACGCGGGGCAAAUUGUUCAGAGGAUCUUGAAGAGCCGAGACAUGUAUGAGGAGAGACAGCGAGUGAAGGGUGUCAAGGGGAUUGGCGAGGAGGCUCAGCGGAGAAGGGAGACCAUGGAAGAGGAACAGCAUUUAAAAGAAAAGGUGAACGCUGCUUAAAAUUGGGCUAGUAGAAUUGGGAUUUAGCGAUGGAUAGUCUUCGGCGUUCAACACGUGCAAGGGAUACCCAGAAGCUCCCUUUCAGAUCUCGACGAUAGAAUAGAACAUUAGAUCAUUGAUGACAGCAUUGAGUCUCGUGGCCAC